UGCUGUCUUGCUGCUGCCUGAAAAUAGCAACAAAAAAAGAGAGGGCGGGAUCGUUGCAAACCAGGUUAGGGAGGCAAGGAACCAGAUUCCGACCCCGCAGAUUAGUAAGAGACAUAAGACCAUACUGCAAUAGCAGAAGCAUCUUGGAAGUCCUAGGGAUAAAAACCAUAAUCGCUAUAAUUUCAGUACAGGAAGGCAAUAAUCAUAUGGUCAUUGGGAGGCCUUUUUAAAUACAAAAAGUGAGCUAGGAAUCCCAACUCCAUGCGCCAUGCAUGUGGGUGUGCAGCAUGAUCGAGAACAUGCAUUUGUUUUCAGCUGCCAGUUUUAAAUGCAAGGGACAGUGGAGGGUUUGCCAGGGGGAAAAGUCGAGGAAAACUUUUUGACAUCCUCAAUAUUCCUGAGCUUGAAUGCAACUUGAAUGCUGCUGUGAGAUUUAUAUUUAAGCAUAGGGGAUUGCUGCCGAAAUUGUACCAUCAGGGCUUUGGGGAAAGCCACGAUGACCCCUUCAACCACUCGUUAUUUAAUCUUUUUUCAGUACUAUGGGACUAAAUAUUGUGGCGUGAUGGCCGUUCCCCCUCACCAGGCUGUGCUGGGAGUGCAGAAUUACCUAGAGAAAGCGGCAGAGAAACUCCGACCCGUCACGCCAAUCAAAUUUGUCGUCUCCAGCCGGACGGAUUCAGGGGUGCAUGCGCUAUGCAAUACGGCCCACAUCGAUAUCGAGAAGAAACCUGGGCGUCCUCCUUUCCCUGAAAACAUCCUUGCCAAGUCUCUUAACAGCUUCCUCAAGGGUGAGCCAAUCCGCAUCCUGGGUGCCAGCUGUGUUCCUGACACCUUCCACGCCCGCUUCUCGGCCCUGUCGAGGACCUAUGUCUACCGGUUGGCAACAGGCUGUUCCCACCCAUCUGAGAUGCCAGUCUUCGAACAGAAUCUGUGCUGGGGGACGUGUAGAGGCCACUUGAAUUUCUCGGCCAUGCAGGAGGCAGCGACAUUCCUGCUGGGUACCCACGAUUUCAGUACAUUCCGUUCGGCAAGCGCAGAACUACCCGUGAGAAGCCCGGUCAGGACCCUGACACGGGCCGAGGUCAGACCCUCUUCUGGAUUCCUCUUGCGUGACAGCCAGGACAGUGAGCUGAGGUUCUGGGAGUUGGAAUUUCAAGGCCGGUCGUUUCUCUACAGACAGGUGCGGCGAAUGGUCGGUGUUCUAGUGGCUGUGGGCCAGAACCGUCUGCAGCCCCACCACGUGAAGGACCUCCUGGAGGCCAGGGACUUGAUGGCUUAUCCCCAGAGCACCAUUGCACCAGCACACGGACUCUUCCUCAAGGAAGUGGAAUACUGUGAAGCAGAUUUGGAGACAGGAACAGCAGAGGUAGAAGAAUAAUCUUGGUGGAUGUAUCAUGGAUCCGUGGAAGACUGCUAAUGGGGCUUGGGGGGGAGGGGGUAGUCCAGAAGUGCACUCUAUUUGCCCCAUGGGCAUGUCAGCAUCUCCCCCCCUCCUCAUCUACAGUUUGUUGUUGAUAUAGGCAUGGGUGUGUCUGUGCAAAAUACACCAGAGCUGCUGGGGGAAGACACAGCCCUAAAAUAAGCAAAGAACAAGUCUCGAGCCAUACGCCUGGGCUCUCUAUUUUGUGGACUUCUGGCAGAAUUUGCACCGCAGGGUCGUCCUGAGGAUUCUGAGAUUGAUUUUGUAUGAAACAAGCAGCUAGUCCUUCUGGCCAAAGCAGCGAGUUUGAAAAAAAGGGGUAGAGAACUAGUGCAGGAAAGCGCAGCUCCUCGCUACCUUCCUGGGAUGGCUGUUCAGCUGCUCUUGCACAGCAGUGAAGAGAAGAUCCCAAGAACCAAAAACCCAAGAGGCAGAAGUUCCCAAGAAGCAGAAGUUCUUGCCUCUGGCCCUGAGUUCCAAGCUGGUUUCGCUCAGCUAUCAUCUGCAUUAAAGAUCACAGUACUGAGAUACUUUGCAAGGAUGUUUUUUUGGGGGGAGGUGCAAGAUUGAGUACGUCAAGUACUCCGAGUGUUCCAAAGUACUAGAUGAAUGUUAAAAAUAAAAAAGUUGUACGAAAUAAAAGAGUAGCUUAUUUUGCAA